GUGCCCCGCGCAGGGGAGGGCGCCCGCCCCGCUCCCGGCCCGGCUGCGAGGAGGAGGCGGCGGCGGCGCAGGAGGAUGUACUUGGUGGCGGGGGGCAGGGGGCUGGCCGGCUGCGGGCACCUCCUGGUCUCGCUGCUGGGGCUGUUGCUGCUGCUGGCGCGCUCCGGCACCCGGGCGCUGGUCUGCCUGCCCUGCGACGAGUCCAAGUGCGAAGAGCCCAGGAGCUGCCCCGGGAGCAUCGUGCAGGGCGUCUGCGGCUGCUGCUACAUGUGCGCCCGCCAGAGGAACGAGAGCUGCGGCGGCGCCUACGGGCUCCACGGAGCCUGCGACCGGGGGCUGCGCUGUGUCAUCCGCCCCCCGCUCAAUGGCGACUCCAUCACCGAGUACGAAGUGGGCGUCUGCGAAGAUGAGAACUGGGAUGAUGACCAACUGCUUGGUUUUGAACCAUGCAAUGAAAACCUUGUCUCUGGCUGCAAUAUAAUCAAUGGGAAAUGUGAGUGUGACACCAUUCGAACCUGUAACAAUCCCUUUGAGUUUCCAAGGAAGGAUAUGUGCCUUUCAGCUUUAAAGAGGAUUGAAGAAGAGAAGCCAGAUUGCUCCAAGGCCCGCUGUGAAGUCCAGUUCUCUCCGCGUUGUCCUGAAGACUCCGUUCUGAUCGAGGGUUACGCGCCCCCCGGGGAGUGCUGCCCCCUCCCCAGCCGCUGCGUGUGCGACCCCGCGGGCUGCCUGCGGAAAGUCUGCCAGCCAGGAUACCUGAACAUACUUGUGUCCAAAGCCUCAGGGAAGCCGGGAGAGUGCUGUGACCUCUAUGAGUGCAAACCAGUUUUCAGCGUGGACUGCAGCACUGUGGAGUGUCCCUCCGUUCAGCAGGCCGUGUGCCCCCUGGACAGCUAUGAAACUCAAGUCAGACUCACAGCGGACGGUUGCUGCACCCUGCCAACAAGAUGCGAGUGUCUCUCUGGCUUAUGUGGUUUCCCCGUGUGUGAGGUGGGAUCCACUCCCCGCAUAGUCUCUCGUGGAGAUGGGACACCUGGAAAGUGCUGUGAUGUCUUUGAAUGUGUUAAUGAAACAAAGCCAGCCUGUGUAUUCAACAAUGUGGAGUAUAGCGAUGGGGAUAUGUUUCGAAUGGACAACUGUCGGUUCUGUCGAUGCCAAGGGGGUGUUUCCAUCUGCUUCACUGCCCAGUGUGGUGAGCUGAACUGCGAGAGAUACUAUGUGCCCGAAGGGGAGUGCUGCCCUGUGUGUGAAGAUCCCGUAUAUCCUUUCAAUAAUCCCGCUGGCUGCUAUGCCAAUGGUCAGAUCCGUGCCCAUGGGGACCGGUGGCGGGAGGACGACUGCACGUUCUGCCAGUGCAUCAACGGAGAACCCCACUGUGUUGCGACGGCCUGCGGACAGAGCUGCAUGAACCCCGUCAAAGUGCCUGGGGAGUGUUGCCCUGUGUGUGAAGAACCAACCUACAUCACAAUUGAUCCACCUGCGUGUGGAGAGUCAUCAAACUGCACCCUGACAGAGAAGGACUGCAUUUAUGGUUUCAAACUUGAUCACAAUGGUUGUCGAACUUGUCAGUGCAAAAACAGGGAGGAACUUUGCACGGGCCUCAAACGAGGCUGCACCUUGGACUGCCCCUUUGGCUUCCUAACCGAUGCCCACAACUGUGAGAUCUGUCAGUGCCGCCCACGCCCCAAGAAGUGCAGACUCAUAAUCUGUGAAAAGUAUUGUCCAUUUGGAUAUCUGAAGAAUAAGCAUGGCUGUGACAUCUGUCGCUGUAAGAAAUGCCCAGAGCUCCCGUGCAGUAAGAUCUGCCCCUUGGGUUUCCAGCAGGACAGUCGUGGCUGUCUUAUCUGCAAGUGCAGAGAGGUCCCUGCUGCAGCCGGGCCACCCGUCCUGUCAGGCACAUGUCUGUCCAUGGAUGGUCAUCAUCAUAAAAAUGAGGAAAGCUGGCAUGAUGGGUGCCGGGAAUGCUACUGUCACAGUGGACGGGAAAUGUGUGCUCUGAUCACCUGCCCGGUGCCUGCCUGUGGCAACCCCACCAUUCAUCCGGGACAGUGCUGCCCGUCAUGUUCAGAUGACUUUGUGGUGCAGAAGCCGGAGCUCAGCACCCCCUCCAUUUGCCAUGCCCCUGGGGGAGAGUACUUCGUGGAAGGAGAAACAUGGCACAUUGACACCUGUACUCAGUGCACCUGUCACAGCGGGCGGGUGCUGUGUGAGACAGAGGUGUGCCCACCGCUGCUCUGCCAGAACCCCACACGCACCCAGGACUCCUGUUGCCCACAGUGUCCAGAUGAACCUCUCCAGCCUUCCUCAUCCCAUAAUGACAGCAUGCCUAGUUACUGCAAAAAUGAUGAAGGGGAUAUAUUCCUGGCAGCGGAGUCCUGGAAGCCGGAUGUGUGUACCAGCUGCGUGUGCAUGGAUAGCGUAAUUAGCUGUUACUCUGAGUCUUGCCCUUCAGUAUCCUGUGAAAGACCUGUGUUGAGAAAAGGCCAGUGUUGUCCCUACUGCAUAGAGGACACAAUCCCAAAGAAGGUGGUAUGCCACUUCAGCGGGAAGGCCUACGCUGAUGAGGAGCGCUGGGACAUUGACAGCUGCACACACUGCUACUGCCUGCAGGGCCAGACCCUCUGCUCGACCGUCAGCUGCCCCCCGUUGCCCUGCGUCGAGCCCAUCAACGUGGAAGGGAGCUGCUGCCCAAUGUGCCCAGAAAUGUAUGUCCCAGAACCAACUAAUAUACCCAUUGAGAAGACAAAUCAUCGUGGAGAGACUGACCUGGAGGUUCCCCUGUGGCCCACACCUAGUGAAAAUGACAUUAUCCAUAUCCCCAGAGACAUGGGUCCUCUCCAGGUAGAUUACAGAGAUAAUAACAGGCUGCACUCAGGAGAAGAUUCUUCGCUGGACUCCAUUGCCUCAGUUGUGGUUCCCAUAAUAAUAGGCCUCUCUAUUAUAAUAGCAUUCCUGUUCAUCAAUCAGAAGAAACAGUGGAUACCACUGCUUUGCUGGUAUCGAACACCAACUAAGCCUUCUUCUUUAAAUAAUCAGCUGGUAUCUGUGGACUGCAAGAAAGGAACCCGAGUCCAGGUGGACGGUUCCCAGAGAAUGCUGAGAAUCGCAGAACCAGACGCCAGAUUCAGUGGCUUCUACAGCAUGCAAAAACAGAACCACCUACAGGCAGACAAUUUCUACCAAACGGUGUGAAGAGAGGCAGUGUGGAUGAGGUUUUGAAAGACAGAAAAACGACUCAAUCUGCUCUUUAACUAGAAUUCGUGCACUUGCUUAGUGGAUUGUUUUGGAUUGUGACUUGAUGUACAGCGCUGAGGACUUCCUGGGCUGGGCUCUGUCGACAGCAGUGUGCAGAACAAGCAUUCCCACUCUUCCUCAAGAUAACUGACCAAGUGUUGUCUUAGAACCAAAGGUUUGAAAGUUGCUAAGGUAUAUUUGCUUGUAAUAUAGCUGUAGAGAUACUUGGGGACGGGGACAGUGAGUUUGGUUGGGGCGAAUGGGUGGGAGGGUGGUGUUGGGAAGACAAAUAGGUCAGCUUGGCUUGUGGAGAAAUCCAGUCCAGUGGCCCAGAGGAUAUUUUUUUCCUGUUGCUCGGAAGACUUGCACUGGUUGCUGCAAAGCUCAGGCCUGAGUGAGCAGGAAAACAAAAAGGCCUUGCGAUCUAGCUGCCAUAACCACCUUAGACUACCAGACGAGCACAUCAGACCCUUUUGAUAGCCAACCCAGGCCUAAAGCCACAUGCUUCUUUUAUAUACAGUCACAGCUGCAGUAGGUGGUGAGGAAGCAAGAGAAAUGGGGUAGCAACGUUUCUCUAAAGCGGGUGAUUAAGGAUAUAUACAGUUAUACUUUUUGCUGCUUUCUUUUUCUUCCAAGUCAGUCAAUCAGCCAGUUCCUAGCAGAGUCAGCAAAUGAAUAAAACCCGAGUCGUUUCUUGACGUGAGCACUGGAGCUUUUCUGACAGCAGCGUGGCAGGAAGGAGAAGAGGGGGAAGGACACCAGGCAUUCCCAGGGGCUAUACUUCCUUGUUUGUUGUUGCUUUCUUCUGUUCUGUCGGUUGUUCAUAGUUUUCGUUGAAGCUCUAGCUUAAGAAGAAACUUUUUUAAAAAAAAAGACUGUUUGGGGAUCUUUUUUUCCUUAUUAUAUACUGAUUCUACAAAAUAGAAACUACUUCAUUUUAAUUGUAUAUUAUUCAAGCACCUUUGUUGAAGCUCAAAAAAAAAUUAUGCCUCUUUAAACUUUAGCAAUUAUAGGAAUAUUUAUGUAACUAUCUUAUGCUUCAGAAAAACAAAAGUAUUUGUGUGCGUGUGUAUAUAAUAUAUAUGCAUAUAUAUUUAUACACAUACAAUUUAUGUUUUCCUGUUGAAUGUAUUUUUAUGAGAUUUUAACCAGAACAAAAAACAAACAGGCAUUCCAUAUCAGUGCUUUUGAUCACUUAAAUUUUUGAUUAACACAAAGUCUCAAUCUACUUGCAGUUUAAUUGGGAAGAGAAACGUGUGAGUGUUGGGUGUAUGUGUGUUUGUGUGUGUAUGCACACGCCUUGAGCAGUCAGCAUCAUACCUGCUAUGGAGAAGGUAUUCCUUUAUUAAAAUCUUCCUCAUUUGGAUUUGCUUUUGGUUUUCAAUUUGCUCACUGGUCUCUGCAUCACUAAUCAGCUCCUGGAUUUUUUUUUUUUUUUCUUUUCAAACAACUGUUUGAAA